AUCCAUAAGCUCGAACACUCUCUUCCUCUAACCCUCUCUUUCCGGUCUCCACUCGAAAUAUAGGGAAAAUUACAGGAAAUAUCAGAAAAUCUUGAAAAUAGCAAUUUUGAUCAGAUCAGAAACAUUUCGUAGCUGUAUGCCAUAAGUGAUUUUUUGUUUUGAAAAAAAAAACUAACUAGAGUUUUGUAAUCGAAUUCAGAGGAUAAAGAAAUGCGCUUGAUCUGUUCUCGGUUUCGUUCCGUUCCGAGAAGAUAGGCGCUUGGAUCAGAUGGGCAGCUGGACUACGGAGUGUUUAGUGGAUAGCCAAUACUAGUUUCUAUAAGGUUUACCUGGCUGAAUUAUGGCAUCUGCAAGUCUAGGAAAUGGAGGAGUGGGUAGUUCCAGGUCCAUUAAUGGUUUCAAAAGUUCAUCUAGUUCUGUUGAUUGGCUGGGGAGAGAAAUGCUUGAAAUGAGACUGAGAGACAAGGUGGAAAAUGAUGAAGAUAGAGAUAGUGAACCAGACAUAGUUGAUGGAGUGGGUGCUGAAACAGGACACGUGAUAAGAACAACCAUUGGCGGUCGAAACAGUCAAUCAAAACAGAAUGUUAGUUAUAUUGCUGAGCAUGCAGUUGGAACCGGUUCUUUCGGUGUUGUUUUCCAAGCAAAAUGUCCUGAAACUGGAGAAAUUGUUGCCAUAAAGAAGGUUCUUCAAGAUAAGCGCUACAAGAAUAGGGAGUUGCAGAUUAUGCAAAUGCUGGAUCAUCCAAAUGUUGUUUCUCUUAAGCAUUACUUUUUCUCAAAAACAGACAAGGAAGAGCUCUACCUCAAUCUUGUGCUUGAGUAUGUACCUGAAACUGUUCACCGUACAGCUAGAAGCUACAGCAGGAUGAACACACGAAUGUCUUUAAUAUACGUUAAACUCUAUACCUAUCAGAUAUGCAGAGCACUUGCCUAUAUACACAACUGCAUUGGUAUAUGUCACCGUGACAUCAAACCUCAGAAUUUACUUGUGAACCCACAUACGCAUCAGUUGAAAAUUUGUGAUUUUGGGAGUGCAAAAGUGCUUGUGAAGGGAGAACCCAAUGUAUCUUACAUCUGCUCAAGAUAUUAUCGUGCUCCAGAACUCAUAUUUGGUGCUACUGAAUAUACAACUGCUAUAGAUAUAUGGUCUACUGGUUGUGUGAUGGCUGAAUUGCUCCUUGGACAGCCACUGUUUCCUGGUGAAAGUGGGGUCGACCAACUUGUUGAAAUCAUUAAGGUUUUGGGGACUCCAACCAGGGAGGAGAUCAAGUGCAUGAAUCCAAACUACACUGAAUUCAAGUUUCCCCAGAUAAAGCCCCAUCCAUGGCACAAGGUCUUCCAAAAGCGUUUGCCUCCGGAAGCAGUGGACCUUGUCUGUAGGUUUUUCCAGUACUCUCCCAAUUUGCGAUGCACUGCUGUAAGUUGUGAUAUUCUUGCUUAUGCUGCAUUGAGUGGUAACUUCAAAAAUUAUCGUUCAGUAAUCGGCUUUUUUAUUUAUAUUCCGAUGGCAAUAUUACUGCAGUUGGAGGCUUGCUUUCACCCAUUCUUUGAUGAACUGAGGGACCCGAACACUCGACUUCCCAAUGGCCGUCCUCUCCCACCACUCUUCAAUUUUAAGCCGCAAGAGCUCUCCGGCGUCCCCCCUGAUGUUGUGAAGAAACUUAUUCCGGAGCAUGCUCGUAAGCAGAAUUUAUUCAUGGCGCUGCAUACGUAGUAACCUUUCCAAAUUUAUUCUGCUUCUACGAGCCAAUAUCGGUGCCACGCCAUUUUCUUUUGCAUCAUCAUACAUGUAAUCAUCAUGUAAAAAGAAGAA